UCAUUCUCUCAAUCCCUCUUUUAUUAAAAAAAAAAACACCUUUAUACAUACAUAUCUCUAUAUCUCUAUAUUUAUACAUAUAUAUAUAUGAAACCCUAGAGUAGAGAAACAAAGUCUCUUCAUUUCUUUCUUUGUGUGCUUAUACAUAUAUAUAUAUGUAUUGAUUGAGAGUUCAUUCAUGGCUGAGGCUGGAAUCAAGCUGUUUGGGGCAACAAUCACUUUACAAAAUAGUAGACAACAACAACAAGUAAUAAAAGAGGAACCAAACAAGAUCAAAACCGAUCAUAAUCUUGAUGAUCAUGAUCCUGAUCCAACGGUUGAGAUGAAGAGGCCAGAAAAGAUCAUACCAUGUCCGAGAUGCAAGAGCAUGGAGACCAAGUUUUGUUACUUCAACAACUACAACGUUAACCAGCCUAGACACUUUUGCAAGGGCUGCCAGAGGUACUGGACGGCCGGCGGCGCCCUCAGAAACGUGCCCGUUGGGGCCGGCCGCCGGAAGGCCAAGCCGCCGUGCCGUGCUGAUCUGGCAGCCGCCUUGCCGGAGGAUUAUUGUCUCUAUGAUAAUAAUAAUAAUAAUAAUGCUUCUGAGGUAGUUCGCCAGUUUGACUUGGAUGGAAUGGUAGACCAGUGGCAUGUCGCCGCCUCCCAGGGCGGUUUCCGCCAUGUUUUUCCGGUUGCCAAGCGGCGGAGGAGCGGUUCAGGUAGUCAGACGUGUGCUUGAUAAUUUUAGUCUUUUUUUUUUUGGGGGGGGUGAUGCUAAUUAUAAUCUUUAUUAGUUUCAAACAGAACAAAAAAAAAAGUUGGGUUUGUAUGUAUGAUCAUUGUAUGUAUGGAUAAUAUUGGUGUACAUAAACAAAUUGGAAUUAAUCUUCAUCAUUAUUAAUUAUUAA